GUGGCGCGUGCGCGGUGCUUCUGUGGUAACGGGGCAGUUUCCACCGGCUUGAGGCGACUCGGAGGUCUGGGGUCUCCUGGCCGCGCCCCGCUCCGCCUCGCGCCCGAGCAGGUUCGUGGCUUCGGGCCCCGCCGCGUGCGCGACCCUCAGGCGGCCGCGCGCGCCCGUCCCCGCCAGCCGCGCUCCCUCAGGAAAGCCCGGGCCCGCGUGGGGAAACUGAGCCCCUCUCUGCAGCCGGACCCUGUGCGCUCUGCUAGGAAGGAGGAAUUAAUGUUUCCGGUUUAAAGGUGGGAAAAUCAAGACUAACUCACGUUCCCAAGACACACAGCUGUGCAGAAGCCCUGUCCUCCCUGGCUCAUCCAAGCGGGAAAGCUGCCUGUCUGUGCAUCUCUCUACCUGUACAGACAGGCUUGUAGUCGUCAACACCAACAUGAGUCUGUUUGGAUCAACCUCUGGUUUUGGGACUGGUGGGACCAGCAUGUUUGGGAGCACAACCACAGAUAACCACAACCCAAUGAAGGAUAUUGAAGUAACGUCUUCUCCUGAUGACAGCAUUGGGUGUCUGUCUUUCAGCCCGCCAACCUUACCAGGCAACUUCCUUAUUGCAGGAUCAUGGGCUAAUGAUGUUCGAUGCUGGGAAGUGCAAGACAGUGGGCAAACCAUUCCAAAGGCCCAGCAGAUGCACACCGGGCCAGUGCUUGACGUCUGCUGGAGUGAUGAUGGGAGCAAAGUAUUCACAGCAUCGUGUGACAAGACAGCCAAGAUGUGGGACCUGAACAGCAACCAGGCCAUUCAGAUAGCACAGCAUGACGCUCCUGUUAAAACCAUACAUUGGAUCAAAGCACCAAACUACAGCUGCGUGAUGACUGGGAGCUGGGAUAAGACUCUGAAGUUUUGGGAUACCCGGUCGUCAAAUCCUAUGAUGGUCUUGCAACUCCCUGAGCGCUGUUACUGUGCAGAUGUGAUAUACCCAAUGGCUGUGGUGGCCACUGCAGAGAGGGGCCUGAUUGUCUAUCAGUUAGAGAAUCAGCCCUCGGAGUUCAGGAGAAUAGAGUCUCCACUGAAGCACCAGCACCGGUGUGUGGCUAUUUUUAAAGACAAACAGAACAAGCCGACUGGUUUUGCUCUUGGAAGUAUUGAGGGGAGAGUUGCCAUUCACUACAUCAACCCUCCAAAUCCGGCCAAAGAUAACUUCACCUUCAAAUGCCACCGAUCCAACGGAACCAACACUUCCGCCCCUCAGGACAUCUAUGCAGUGAAUGGAAUUGCCUUUCACCCUGUCCACGGCACCCUUGCCACUGUGGGCUCUGACGGUCGGUUCAGCUUCUGGGACAAAGAUGCCAGGACAAAACUAAAGACUUCGGAGCAGUUAGAUCAGCCCAUAGCAGCUUGCUGCUUCAAUCACAACGGAAACAUAUUUGCUUAUGCUUCCAGCUACGACUGGUCCAAGGGACAUGAGUUUUAUAAUCCCCAGAAGAAAAAUUAUAUUUUCUUGCGUAAUGCAGCUGAAGAGCUAAAGCCAAGGAAUAAGAAGUAGUGGCCUGAAGCUGGGGCUGUUGGAGUUUCGUCUCCACUCCACCUCAUCUCUGCCCACACUUGGGCCCCAGCUCUGGGUGGCCACCCUGGCUGUGGGUGUCCACUUCUGCAGGACUGUGUUCUUGCAGCGUCGGCGCGGCAUCCUGGAGACUUACCUUCUCUCCAUUCCACUCCCUGUUGCGAUUUUCCUGAAACUGAGGGAAUGGAGACUCUCCCUGAAGUCAGACCUUGAGAGCACUGUGUCCAGCAGUGUUUAUUUGACAGUGUUGGGUGGGAACUGUUGGUGAGCCCUGUGUUGUGUUUUAUAAAUAAAAUAUUUUGAAGAUG